UCAGUACUUACUCAAAUGAAGACUAUGACAGACGUAAUGAAGAAGUUGACCCUGUGGCAGCCUCAGCUGAGUAUGAACUUGAGAAAAGGGUGGAAAAAAUGGAAGUGUUUCCUGUGGAAAUUGAAAAAGGUGACAGUGGUCUGGGCAUCAGUAUUAUUGGAAUGGGAGUUGGUGCUGAUCAAGGACUGGAAAAACUAGGUAUUUUUGUAAAAACUAUAACAGAUGGUGGAGCUGCUCAGAGGGAUGGACGAAUUCAAGUAAAUGAUCAGAUUGUUGAGGUGGAUGGCAUAAGCCUCGUGGGAGUUACCCAAUUCUUUGCAGCCACUGUGUUGAAAAACACCAAAGGCACAGUGAGGUUUCUGAUUGGGAGAGAGAAGCCAGGCACUCAAAGUGAAGUAGCCCGUCUCAUUAGUGAGACCUUAGAGCAAGAGAGAUGUCUGUAUGAGCAGCACUAUGUUCAUGAUGAUACAGAGCAGGAUGAUGACUAUGAUGAUGAUGACGAUACAUAUGAGUCACAUUUACAUGGAAAAUCUGUAGAAGUUUUUGAUCUUCCUGAAAAUGAAGAUAUCAGUUUAACACUGGAUAUGGAUUCAGCACAGUCUCUCCUUAAAUUUAAAGAGUUACAAUUAAAACAUGCAGUAACAGUAGCUGAAGUGAACCAACUGAAGGAGAAAUUAAAAAUUGUUGAAGCAGAAAAAAAUGAAUGGAAACUGAGUCGAGCCCAACUUCAGCAAAACUUAGACGAAAGCAAAGAGAAAAUUAAAAAGUUAGAGACUUACUGGUUAGAGGCACAGAGUUUAUGCAAAACAGUAAAUGAGCAUCUUAAAGAAACUCAAGAACAAUGUGAUGCCCUUGAAAAGAAAUACAACAAGGCCAAGAAAUUGCUUAAAGAUUACCAACAAAAAGAAAUAGAAUUUAUGAAAAAAGAGGAGGACCAUUCAAGGCUACUUGAAGAGAGAGACCAGAAACAUGCAGAACAGAUGAAAAUAUAUCAGGAAAAAAUUUCAGAGCUUGAAAGUAAAUUAAAAAUGUAUGAGAGAAUGCCAUAUAUGUCUGAAGGUGGCAGUUUAUUGGAAGACUGCUGUCAAAGUCCUGGCAUUUUUAAUGAACAGUCAAAAAUAAGAGAAGAAAAUGAGAAAGAAACUGAAUCAAUAGAAGAAAGACUAAAUUCUUCAGAAAUGUUAAUUUCUGAUUUUGAUGCUUUUGUUGGGGAUACUCCCAGAUUAGACACCAGUGCCCACAAAGCAAAAGCUCAGCUUGCUUUGAAAGUAAAACGCCAGCCACCUUCUCGAUCAAAGCUGAAAGAAUCUCUUGGGGGGGCUGGACAGCAGACUGCAAAUGUACAGGAUGAGGAUUCAGAAGACACUGUUCUCAACAGAGAACUUUCCACUGUGUAUCUAACAAAGACCUCAGAAACAAGUGAAAAAUUAACUCUUGCACACUUGGAUGGCAUCGAGCAAAAGAGUGAAAAGCCCGAACAAACAGAGAGCACAGAAAGUCCUCUAGAGUCAAGUCCUUCUGCUUCCACACACUCUUCUCCAGUACACAAACCAAACAACGAAAAUAGCAGAGCCACCACUCAUUCACCUCCUCCUGAAGAGAUGGCUCCAAAUUCUCCUCAAGGAUAUCCCAACAACGCUAAGCAAAGAGAAGGAAAAGAGAAAGGGACCAAGGAAGAGAAGAAAAAUGAAGACAGGAUAGUAGAAACAAAUGAAGGAACAUCAGCAGGGAAGUCUAAAAGAAGAUUUCCAGACUUUGGUGGAUUACGGAAAUCUGGGGGCAAAGGCAAGAAACAAGAAAAAGAAAAUCUAAGAAGUUCUCUGGAUAGCAGAGGUUCCAGAGAACUGUUGGGUGACUCUGGCAACAAUCUAUCUGCAUCAGAUUCGGAUUCCCCUGUUCCUACUUGCAUGCCUUUCUCUUGGUUUGGAGACAGCCACAAAGAGCCUCAGAUUUCUAGUAGCAGUCUGCACGUUACUCAGAGUGGGCAGGACAGUUGUGAACACGGUCAAGAGAAGAACAGAAGCAAGGUAAAGACGACUCAUUUGUGCUUUGAAUAUUUAAGUGUUGUAUCUCGAUAA